AUGGCCGACCACGACCUCGACCUGUUCAGCGCCUUUGACGAUUCGUCCGCGACGCUGACGCCCAAGGAACAAGCGGCUGCCUGUGCCGCGUCGAAGCGCAAAGAAGCUCCUGCGUCCGAUGUCGAAGACGGCCGCGAGCCGUCUCCGCCAGCCAAGAAACAGCAGCAAUUAGAACAUCCACAACACGAAGCGCCUCUUGCGUCGACGACGCUCAAAGUCGUGGAAGGCAAACGCAUUGAUGCGACAGCGAUUGAAGACAGCGACUCUCCAUCAAACGGUCUACGGGGCGUCGUGUCGACUGGUACACAACAGAAGAACCUCAUUUCGUUCUCCGUGUAUCCACCCGAGUAUCCUGUUCAAGCGACUGCAGGAGCUGCUGGCAAGAAUCCUGCCAAAACGUAUCCUUUCACUCUCGAUCCGUUCCAGCAACAAGCAGUGGACUUUAUUGAGGCAGGAGAGUCAGUGCUAGUGUCUGCCCACACGUCGGCAGGCAAGACAGCGGUCGCCGAGUAUGCGAUUGCCAAGUCGCUACGAGACAAGCAGCGCGUGAUUUACACGUCGCCAAUCAAGGCACUGAGCAAUCAAAAGUACCGGGACUUGGAAGAAGAGUUUGGCGACGUGGGGCUUAUGACGGGCGAUAUUACGAUCAACCCGUCAGCUACUUGUCUCAUCAUGACGACAGAGAUCCUUCGUAGCAUGCUCUAUCGUGGGUCAGAAGUCAUGCGUGAAGUGGCGUGGGUCAUUUACGAUGAGAUCCAUUACAUGCGGGACAAGGAGCGGGGUGUUGUCUGGGAAGAGAGUAUCAUCUUGUUGCCACACAAAGUGCGCUUUGUCUUUCUUUCAGCAACGAUCCCAAACUCGAAAGAGUUUGCUGGAUGGAUCUGUCAUAUUCACCACCAACCGUGUCACGUUGUGUACACGGACUAUCGUCCAACACCUCUGCAGCACUACCUUUUUCCUGCAGGAGGAAGCGGACUGCAUUUAGUGGUGGACGAAAAGGGAAAGUUUCGUGAAGAUAAUUUCCAAAAGGCCAUUGCAACGUUGGCAGCGUCAGCGGAUGAUGCGGCAACAGAGUUGGCGUCUUAUGGCAGCAACACAAAGCGACGCAAAGCGCAAAAGACGAAUCCAAAGAAGAAAGUGGGCUCAGACGUGUUCCGCAUCGUAAAGCUCAUUAUGGAGCGCCAGUACGACCCGGUGAUCAUUUUCUCGUUCAGCAAGCGCGAGUGCGAGUCGUACGCGCUGCUGAUGUCCAAACUUGAUUUCAAUACGGAAGAGGAGAAGCAGUCGGUCGACCAGCUAUUCAAGAAUGCAAUGGACUCGCUGUCAGACGAUGAUCGUUCGCUCCCGCAGGUAGACUCGAUCUUGCCGCUUCUCCGUCGUGGCAUUGGUAUCCACCACGGUGGUCUUCUGCCGAUUCUGAAAGAGGUGAUUGAGAUUCUCUUUAGUGAAGGCUUGUUGAAAUGUCUCUUUGCCACUGAGACGUUCUCCAUGGGUCUGAACAUGCCUGCCAAGACGGUCGUGUUUACUAAUUGCCGCAAGUACGAUGGCAAGGGUUUCAGGUGGAUUACUGCUGGUGAAUACAUUCAAAUGUCUGGACGUGCUGGUCGUCGCUCUCUCGAUGCACGUGGUAUCGUCAUUCAGAUGCUGAGCAUGCAGAUGGAACCGCAGGUCGCUAAAGGUAUUCUGUACGGCCAGGCCGACCCUCUUCUCAGUACUUUUCACCUCGGUUACAACAUGCUGUUGAACUUGAUGCGUGUGGAAGACGCCGACCCGGAAUACAUGAUUAAGCAGUCGUUUCAUCAGUUUCAGAACGAGCAAGCUGCCCCAGCGCUAGAGGAAGCGCUUGAGCGAGCCAAGGAGGAAAAGGGCCAGAUUGUGAUCAAGAAUGAGGAAGAAGUUGCGCAGUACUACUACCUGUCUCGAUCUCUUGUGCGUCUCAAAGAAGAGUUCUUGGCGAUCCGCAACAAGCCUGAGCACAUUGUUCGCUUUUUGAACGGUGGUCGUCUCGUGAAGCUCUACUUUCCACACAGCGAAGACGGCUCGAGUAAGGUCGAAUGGGACUGGGGAGUCAUUGUGAAUUUCACGACCAGAAAUGCCACUGACUCGACUUCAUCAGCGCCGGACACGAUCGUGCACGUGUUGUUGAACUGCGUAGCGACCAAUGGUGCCACGAAGUCGAACGAUGCCACGAAUGGGAGCACGGCAUCGGAGCUGCCUACACCAGCGCCAUUAAAUAUGAUGGGCUUGUCAUCCUCCUCCUUCGAGAUGAAGAUUUGUCCGGUGCCGUUGGAGUUGCUGGACCUUGUCUCAUCGCUGCGAGUGUACAUUCCGAAGGACUUGCGCACAAUAGACAGCCGCCAGGCAGUAGGAAAGUCGGUGAAGGAGGUGCUGCGGCGAUUUCCUCAGGGGGUGCCGCUGCUGGAUCCGCGUGAAGACAUGGAUAUUCAGGACGAGCAGUUUUUGCGUGUGAUUGAGAAGACAAUCGAAGCUGAAAAGAAACUUGGGAGCUCGGCGUUCCAUCGCGCGGAUGACAAGGAGGCACGAUUCGCGCUUUACAACCUCAAGAUCGAGAGUGAGGCGAAGAUGCGUGAGCUCGAGCGUAAGAUUACGGAGGCCAAGUCGCUCGUGCUGCGUGACGACCUGCGUCGUCGUCGGCGAGUUCUGCGACGACUCGAACUUGUCGACAAAGAGGGCGUGAUUCAGCGCAAGGGCCGUACGGCAUGUGAGGUGUCAACGACGGACGAGUUGCUGGUCACUGAAAUGAUAUUCACCGGUCAAUUCAACGAUCUGUCCGUUAAUGACACGGUGGCGUUGCUGAGCUGCCUGAUCAACACGGAGAAAAAGAAGGACAGCGACAAGCCGCCGCAAGCUGAAAACAUUGAGGCCCCUGUUCGCCAGCUGCGCGAGGCGGCCCAGCGCAUUGCGAGAGUGAUGCAGGACGCCAAGAUUACGAUUGAUGUCGACGAGUACGCUGGUGCUUUCAACACGAGUCUGGUGGACGUUGUCAUUGCUUGGUGCCAGGGUGCCAAGUUUUCGCAAAUUUGCAAGAUGUCGGACGCGUUCGAAGGUACAAUCAUUCGUUGUUUGCGUCGUUUAGAAGAGCUGCUACGCCAACUUACACUGGCUGCACACUCUAUUGGCGACGUCGAGCUGGAGAAGAAGUUUGACGAGGGAGGCAAAAAGCUCAAACGCGACAUUGUUUUCGCCGCCUCCCUUUAUUUGUAG